AUGUUUCAAACUAGUGUCGAUGUAGGUGAUGGGUCGGUGCAGGUGCAGAAUGAUGACUACAAGCUCCUAAAAUUUGAUGCUUUUGUGACUGGUUUAGUCAACUUGCCAGAUUGUCAAGUAGCUGAGGUAUAUUCGUUAGAAUCAGAUUCAUGGAAAAGCAUUGAGACCAUCACUCACGAUCAUAUGCUCAAGUAUAUCCCUUUUGCUAGCGUAUCAGCUGGGGUGCUUGUUAAUGGGAUUUAUCACUGGUUAGCUGAAAGAAAGAUCGGAAACGAGGAGCUUCCGGAGGAUUUCGUACUCUCUUAUGAGGACUUUAUAGUCUCUUUUGAUUUCUGUGAGGAGAGGUUUAAACAAAUGCACUUGCCAAAAGCAUUUCAGGACAUUAGUACUUAUUACCGUCCUCUUUGCACUGUGGGAGUGUUGGAAGACUGCCUAUGUGUAGUUAGUUGUGUUCGUUAUACGUGUUUUGAACUUGAGAUAUGGGUGAUGCAGGAUUAUGGUGUUCAAGAAUGCUGGACUAAACGUUUUGUCAUUCGCCAGGAGGAUCUGUCUAGACAACUUAGGGAUCUAAGUGUGACUUGGUCUUUCAAAGAUGAGAAGAUUCUAUUCAAUGAUAAAAUUCUAUUCAAGAAGCGUGAGAGUCAUGACCAAAUGUUGUAUUUAUAUGACCCGAAGCUAGACAACGGAACAACAACAAAAAUUCGUAGUUCACCAGCAGUGAUACUUGGAGCACAGAAUUAUAUCGAAAGCUUGGUUUCGCCAAACUCUGGUACUUAUGCUGGGAGUUGUACAGAAUACGACAACAUUUUAUGUGCAUCUAGGACUGAAAGGUUGCGCCUCUACCAGUACUACAAGGUUUAA